AUGGUGGAGAGUGUUUUAGGGUGCGGGUCGUUUGGAAAGGUUGUCCACUGCAAGAAGCUGCCCAGCAACGAGUCAGUAGCUCUUAAAAUCAUCAUGGAGAAAGACUUCAUCAACGACGCACACAAAGAGGUGGAGACCCUGGAGGUGCUCAAAAACUUUAAUUUGGAAAAAUUCAACAUCGUCAAAUGGUACAGCUCCUUUGUCCACGAGGGUCAUUAUUGUCAUGAGUUUGAGAAGCUAGACAUGAGUCUUUACCAAUACCAGGUCACAGAGAAAAAUUCUCUGGAGCUCAAGGAGAUACGGCCUAUUCUGCAGCAGGUGGCUGUAUCUCUGCAGCUCCUAAAGAGCCUGGGGAUAGUCCAUACCGACCUCAAACCAGAUAACAUCAUGCUCGUGGAUCAUGUACAUCAGCCACUGAGAGUGAAAGUCAUCGAUUUUGGUACAGCCAAUUUGAUUUCAGAGAGGUGUAUGGGUUCAGAACUUCAGACACUCUGGUUCAGAUCUCCGGAGAUUCUGCUGGGAGCUUCCUUCAGUGAGGCUAUUGAUAUCUGGUCUCUCGGCUGCAUUGCAGCAGAACUGUUCAUGGGCAGAGCAUUGUUCCCUAGCAGCGAUGAGUUUGAUAUGGGAUGCAGCGAGCUGUCCGGAGAAGACGCGAGAGCUGACGAUCUUGACAGGAGAACCUUCGUUGAAAUACUGGGGAAGAUGCUGCAGCUGGAUCCCAAUGAAAGGAUCAGACCCAACCAGAUUCUUCAGCAUCCCUUCAUCACCAUGAGCCACCUCAUCAGGGACUUCAAUGACUGCCAAUACGUUAAAUCCUGCUCGGACCUCCUGAGCAGGCAUUUGACUGAGGCCUCGUUGAACCAAAGAGAUAUCCAGCAGUCCGGUGCGGUGUGA